CCCAUUGGCCCAACCGUAGUUCAGUGUUGAGGGGAACAUAUUCUCCACUCCACUCCUAUAUAUACGCAGUUAACGCAAUCGGUUCGGUCACUUAGCCAUGGCUUCCUCGGACGUUAAACAAACGAUAGGCGACCUCGACAAGGACUCCUUCGUGAGCCUCCUCUCGAAGCUCAUUGGCGAAGCCAAGUACGUCCAGAACAAUCCCCCCGAGCUGAUCCCUGAGGAGGACAGGGUGGUCAAGCAUGUCUUGGACGUCCUCCUUCCCUACAGUACCACCACAGGGGGAGGACCCCUGCUAGUCAACCAUGUUACCUAUUAUCCAAGCAGGGGCAACGUGAUUGUGGAGUACCCUGGAACUGAGCCUGGGAAGAUCUUGUCCUUUGUGGGAUGUCACAUGGACGUGGUCACUGCUAAUCCUAACGAUUGGGAAUUUGAUCCUUUCUCAUUGAGCAUCGAUGGUGAUAAACUUCGAGGCCGUGGAACUACUGACUGUUUGGGGCAUGUUGCCCUGGUAACCGAACUCAUGAAGAGGCUAGGGGAGACAAAACCCAAACUGAAAUCAACUGUAGUUGCUGUCUUUAUAGCCAAUGAAGAGAAUUCUGCCAUUUCAGGUGUUGGUGUGGAUGCACUUGUGAAAGAUGGACUGCUCAAUAAGUUGAAGGAAGGCCCACUGUUUUGGAUUGACACAGCAGAUAAACAACCUUGCAUUGGUACUGGUGGCAUGAUACCUUGGAAACUUAAAGUGACUGGGAAGCUUUUCCACAGUGGCUUAGCACACAAGGCUAUAAAUCCUUUGGAGCUAGCAAUGGAUGCACUCAAAGAGAUCCAAUCACGGUUUUAUAGGGACUUUCCUCCCCAUCUUCAGGAGCAGGUCUAUGGAUUUGCAACUCCUUCAACCAUGAAACCAACCCAGUGGAGUUAUCCAGGAGGUGGGAUCAAUCAAAUUCCAGCAGAGUGUACAAUUUCGGGAGAUGUCAGGUUAACUCCCUUCUACAAUGUGAAGGAUGCAAUGAAGAAGCUACAAGAAUAUGUGGAUGACAUUAAUGACAACACAGAGAAGCUGGAUUCACGUGGUCCUGUUUCAAAAUAUGUUCUGCCUGAUGAAAACCUGCGGGGAAGCCUUACAUUAAGUUUUGAUGAGGCAAUGUCUGGAGUUGCAUGUGAUCUUAAUUCACGUGGCUUCCAUGUAUUGUGCAAAGCAACGGAAGAGGUAGUUGGGCAUGUAAAGCCUUACUCAAUUACUGGAAGUUUGCCACUCAUUCGUGAACUGCAGGAAGAAGGAUUUGACGUGCAAACUGCAGGCUAUGGUUAACCCAUAUAGUCAAAUAUUCAUGACUUGACACGAUACAACAGGACACGAACACAAUUUGCGAUCAAGAAUUGUCACCAGUCUAAGGGUUUAGCAAGCAACAAUCAAGGAUAGAAGGAAAUUAGGUGCUCAACCAUGCUAGGAGGACGUUACUCUUGAGUAUCAGCACAAAGAAUAAAUGCCAGCAGAGCUGGUGACACUUUUAACAUAGGUGUUUUUUAUAUUGAACACUGGUUUACUUGAAGCAUCAUUCCAAUCUACAUGGUCAGUACGCACUCAGCACAUUGGGUGGAUUAUGGGGAUAGAGAUGAUGAUAUUGGUGAUUUUUAAGCCUAUUCCUUUCUAGAGUAAGGAGAAGUAUUGCUCUCUGCAGUUUGAGGGUUGCAAUUUUUUGGUAGCUUUCCACAUUUUGAUUGAGUGUUAUGAUGUUAACACUAUCUUGGUAAGUCAUGGUUUUUAAAUGCCAAUAGAUUUAAUUUCCACAGUUUUAAAGCAUGAGACUGAAAUGACUUUCAUAAAUAGUGCCAAUUACUAAGUUACUUUA